GACUUUCGAGUUUCGUCGAUUCUCGAAUCUCGCUUAUGUUUUUGUGGGUGUCAGUCGUCAGAUAAGAAAAUAAUUAAGAGAAAAUAUUUUUAUUUUGUCUUUUUACACUAAGCGAUGGCACCUCCUCCGGUCGUGACGGGUGUGUCGCCGAAAGAAGGCCCACCAGGAACCAGGGUCACGAUCAGAGGUGAAUUCCUCGGUUCCAAGCCCAACGAUAUGAUAAGUGUUGAAAUAUGUGGCUGCGAAUGUGUCCUUUCUGCGGAUUGGAAAUCACCAACCAAGAUAAUCGCUAGGUCUGGUCCUGGCAAGGGUAAAGGCAAAAUCAUCGUGACAACACAGUCUGGAGGUGUUGGAACCUGUACUGUCGAAUUUAGAGGCUACCACGAACGGAUCGGACCACUGAAAGAGAGUGCGGUCUGGGUGGAGGAAGCAACUCCGAUAGGUGGUAGCGUCUGGGACAAAGGAGCUCCAGAAGAUCCGCUGGGUCUGAGUGUUGAAACCAAUGAAACGAAAAAAUUGCCAGAGGAUGAUCUAAUUGAGUUAUUUCCCGGCUGCAACGGUGAUUUGUCAUCAGAGCAGUUCUCGCCCGGUUGGUUUCUUUUGCAGUAUCAUCAGUCAACAUCAUUUGAUGACCUUAGAGUGGGACUUGCAUACUUAAAACGCAAAGUUGAUGGCCAUAAAGAAGGGCAGCUCUCAUUUCUCAAAGGCAAUGUUUCUUCAGUGAUGGAACAGCUUGAAGUUCUUGAAGCCCUAAAAAAUGCUUUUCAGAAAGACAUAGAUGAGUUUGGACUUGAUAGGUCUUCCAAAAUAAUCGAUGCAAUCAACAAAAGUCGUGAACAGGGAAAAAUACUCUUCGACGGCGUGCUCAAAGGGAGAGAAAAAGCCGAAAGGACCAGAUCUGCCCUUGGUGUUCUUCAAAGAUUCAGGUUUCUGUUUACCCUACCUGCUGCAAUUGACAGAAGCAUGGAAAGGGGCGAUUACGACGCUAUAAUAAGUGAUUACUCAAGGGCCAACAACUUAUUCGGAAAGACUGAAGUUAAUUUAUUUAAAAGUGUUCUGGCAGAAGUCAAACUGAAAGUUAAUGAAAUAAAAGGAGUCCUCAAAGCAAAGCUUCAUACAAUGCCAUCAACUUUAGAAAAUCAAAAGAAGAUUAUAAGAAAUUUAGUCCAGUUAGAAUAUGAAGGAGAUCCUGGCUGGGAAGCGAUUAAUGUCCAUUUAAAAUACAUUACUGCACAACUGAAUGAAUGCUACCGUUUUCAUAUGGUCAACUUGGAUAAAUUCAAUUCUCCCGAUUCAAAACAGAAAAGCAGCACCAAAAGAGACAAAGUACUUGAAAAACAGUCUAGUGUCACAGAAAGGGUUGAUUGUAUUGAGGACCUUUGUGACAUUGUAUCACUUCUAGUGCCUGAACUGUGGUCUCUUGGUCAGUCUUAUUUUAGUGGUGAUCUUUAUAUAAAACCAGAUCAGAGUAAACAAGCUGAUUUUAAGAGAAACACUAUAGGCUGUAUCGGGGAAAUGGCUAGGCUCAUUCGAAGUACUAUUGGCCAAGGUAAAAAUUCGCUCUUGGGUUGGUUUCCGCAUUGUCUGCGCCACUUGAGGCUUCUGGGAAACCAUUUGAAUCAAAUACCGCAUGACCCUCUCAACAGCCUUAUCCACCAUUUCAGGUUGGAAUGCGUUAAGAGUGUGUUAAUGAACACCGCUGAUCAGAUUAAAGAACUUAGCCAGAAAGAAGAAUGGAAACUAAUUCAUGAUCCUGUAUACGGGCUAAUAACUCAAUUGCCUGGCUUAUUUGAAGGAGUAGUUAGUGGUUCAAUCAACGUUCUCAAAGAAUCAGCACUUAAUAAAGAACCCAAGGAGUCCAAACUAUUUGACAAUUCGCACAUAAUUAAGGAAACAGAAGAACUUUUUCUUAACAUUUUGAGUAAUUAUUUCGAGUGUAUAGACAGCCUUUCUGCAAAUGGCGAGGAGGAACAGUCAAUGGCUGUUUCUCAGCUGGGAGCAACAACAUACAGACAAUCUCAAGCUUCCUUGAGUUGGGAAGAAAGGCUCCUUUCUUGUAUAUGCAAUGUAAAGUAUUCAAGUAUGGUGACUUUGCCUAAAGUCUGUGCUUUGGCUGCAACUGUCGGACUUCCUUCGCUAGACAAUGUAUUAAAGACAGCGUCACACUCACUCAUACAACCUUUAAUGCAACGGCUUGAGUACGCUUAUGUGGAGGCCAAGUGUGAUCCACUUGUUGGUACGAUUGAACCUUCAAUGUACAUUGGCCAUUUCGACUGGGACUCGGCUGACCUACAGGUGACCAGUGUGAGACCUUAUGCAAAUGAAAUCAUCGCCAAUAUAAUAGCAGUUCAUGCACAGCUUGAGAGGUGCUGCAGUUGGCUAAAAGAUUCAGUUCUCUGUCAGAUUGUGGAAAUGGUCUCUGAGGAGGUUUCACGCCUGAUGUUGUGCGCAACUGGUAUGUCUAGGGAAGGAGCUCAACAAGCGAGGCUCGAUAUUGCUGUGCUUCGCCACAAUCUCAGUAAAUGUACAACUGAUAAGGCCGAAAAGUUCUUCAAUGAAGCACUCGAGGCAAUACCAACUUUGACGCCAGAAGAGCAAAAAUUUAUAGAUCAACUACAUGAAUCCUACAAAAAAAGAAUGUAUCUCCAGCUCUGUGCCUUUCCGCAAGGUUAACAAAGAAUGUAUAUUAGAAAUCAAAAUGUAUAUAUUAAUUUUUACUAUUAUGUUAACAAGUAUAAAAUGUUUUCCAUUUGUUACAUGGUUAUCAUUAAUUUAUUGAAUUUUCAUAUUAUUUAUCUCAGCCUUAAAUUGUGAUUGUAAAGAACAAUAAAUUUUUUUAUUAUUUGUAU